UGCAUCAGUGAAUCUCACAUACCAUACAGUCGCGCUGUGAUAGCUUUGACACGGCCUCACGGAUGACACAGCUGCAUGUUGCCAAAACAAGCUGCAACAAUGUUGCAUGGAAUGCUGCAGAGUAAAGGUGGAGUAACCUUUUAGGAGGAGGCGAUGCAGCUCUGAGGCAGAGCAACUUCCUAGACUUUCUUACACUGUGGGAAAAGUUAAGUGUCACUUACCAUGACUGGGUGACUUUGCUUUUGUUGCUUUGUGUGUGCCGGGUGAACUGAGGCGCCUCUCUGGGCCGCACUCGGGGAAGUGAAAUGGCGUUACACUGAGAGUGUACAAGGUGGGAAAUCUUGAAUAAUGUGGGAUGGGAGCGAGCCAGAGAGGCGAAUCCGAGUCAGCCAGUGGGUCACCAGGAGGUGAGGCUGCCUACUUCCCUGGGUUCAGGAAAAGUUCAGCCGCAUAGCAUUAGGCAAAUUAGGGAGACAGCGGCUGGGGGAGAAAAAGAAUCGAGGGGUAGGGACUGAUGAGAGCAUGGGGGAGAGGGUCGAAUUAGUUGGAAGGAGGAGCCCAAAUCAAGAGUGUGAACAUAGAGGGGAAACUUCCAUGAAAAAAAAGAGCGAGAGAGAUACAGCAUUCAUUAUGCCCAUGAACUCCGUGUAAAGAUAUGAAAGACUCAUUACUGAGCUUAUAUAACUUAAUCGUGUCCUCAAAUACGUUCCCAUUUAAAGUCCCCGUACCUAAAUUUGAGGGAGGGCGGUCCCGUGUGUGGAGAGAGGGAGAUCCACGGUGACGUCCCUGAAGGGGUUAAACGGAGGAGGGGCCACGCAUGAAAGGAGAUCGAGGGAAGGCAGGAGCAGAGGGAAAAAAGAGCCUGGUGGAGGUGGAGCUAAAGCCCUCAGCUGCUGAGCCUUGUCACAUUUCUGCAGAACAUGAUAGCCGCUCGGUUUGGUGCGGGAAUGAUUUAGCCUCCUCUCGCGCUCCCCAAACACAAACAUCGGCGGCGGUGCUGCGCGUUUAGUGCGGAGCUGGAUGUCAGGGAGCGGGGCUGUGACCGAGGGCAGCCGCCGGUCGUUGUAGCCUGGCGCACGGAGGGAGGCAGACCGCUUCAUUCGCGGCGCUGACGGGAGUCCACCCACGGCGGGCGCAGACGGGACAACCGAGCGCAACCCAUAAGGACAAACUGCAGCCAGGGUGGAAUUCCCUCUCUGAUAUCUGCGCCUUCUCACCCAUCGAUCGUUCAUUUUUCUUUUCGACUUUGGAGAUUUUUUCUCUUUCUAUUUUGUGUUCCCUGGGAUUUAAUUCGGCUUGUAGUGGAUCCAGCCCCAAAUGUUGCCGUGUGUGUGUGUCUUGAGCAAGGCCGACAGGAGCGAGACAUUCUGCUGAAGUUAUCCGGGGACGUUUUCGAUUGAAUUAGUAUAUUUUAAAUUUUUGAAUUUCCCUGUGCAGCCGUGUCCCUGCGUCGGACACCAUGCUGCAGACUGUCCCCUUGAAUCAUGUUUUCAAAUUGAGCGCAGCAGAUUAGGGCUUUUUCCAGACACUGAUCCUCCUCCUCCUCCUCGGUGCGCGCGUUUGAUCAAUACAGCUCGGCAAGAAGAUGCCAAAUGUUCAGAUGUCCCCGCUGUGUUUGGAUUUACCACUUUUCCUUCGAUUUUAAUGCAGUUCCCCCCUCCGUUUGGCCCCCGUCACUUUCUACCUCUGCUGGCGGACAGCUGAAAACCAACCAGGCUCGUGUGUUGCCGUCCACACGACACUGUUGUAGUUGGUUCUGUUUUUGUUUUUUUUUGCAUAUAAUCCCCUGCUGUCGUCCUGCAUCGUAUGAUGUAUGAGAGUGUGGACGUUGUGGGACUGAAUCCCAGCCCGAACCCGUUUUUAAUGAUGGAUUAUUACAACCAGAGCAGAGGAUGCUUGAUCCCGGAGAAAGGACUGGUGCCCGGUGCGCCCCAUCCUUACAGCACGUCCAUCAGGAACCAGCACUGGAACGGCUCCAAUCACUCGAUAGAGACCCAGAGUACCAGCUCAGAAGAGAUAGUGCCAAGCCCGCCCUCGCCUCCCCCGCCGCCCCGCGUCUACAAACCCUGCUUCGUGUGCCAGGACAAGUCCUCAGGGUACCACUAUGGUGUCAGCGCCUGCGAGGGCUGCAAGGGCUUCUUUCGGAGAAGCAUCCAGAAGAACAUGGUGUACACUUGUCACCGGGAGAAGAACUGCAUCAUCAACAAAGUCACCCGCAACCGCUGCCAGUACUGUCGGCUGCAGAAGUGCCUGGAAGUCGGGAUGUCCAAGGAGUGUGAGUCUGUGAGGAACGACCGGAACAAAAAGAAAAAGGAUGAGAAGAAGCAGGAGUGCACGGAGAGCUACGUGCUGAGUCCCGACACGGAGCAGAUGAUCGACAGGGUUCGCAAGGCACACAAGGAAACGUUCCCCUCUCUCUGCCAGCUGGGCAAAUACACUACGAGUAACAGCUCAGAACGACGCGUGUCCUUGGACGUAGACCUGUGGGACAAGUUCAGCGAACUCUCCACCAAGUGCAUCAUAAAGACAGUGGAGUUUGCUAAGCAGCUGCCUGGCUUCACGACGCUUACCAUCGCUGACCAGAUCACUCUGCUCAAAGCCGCCUGUCUGGACAUCCUGAUACUGCGGAUCUGUACACGCUACACACCAGAGCAAGACACCAUGACUUUCUCAGAUGGACUCACGCUCAACCGAACCCAGAUGCACAACGCCGGCUUUGGUCCCCUCACCGACCUGGUUUUCGCCUUCGCCAACCAGCUCCUUCCUCUGGAGAUGGACGAUGCGGAGACGGGGCUGCUCAGUGCCAUCUGUUUGCUGUGUGGAGAUCGUCAGGACUUGGAAGAGGCAGAGAAGGUGGACGUCCUGCAGGAGCCCCUGCUGGAGGCGCUCAAAAUUUAUGUAAGGAAGAGGAGGCCCCACAAACCGCACAUGUUCCCCAAGAUGCUGAUGAAGAUCACUGAUCUGAGAAGCAUCAGUGCUAAAGGCGCUGAGCGUGUCAUCACCCUGAAGAUGGAGAUCCCCGGCUCCAUGCCCCCUCUCAUCCAGGAGAUGCUGGAGAACUCAGAAGGUCUGGAAAGCGGUGCUGCGGGCGGCCGGCCAAGCGGCGCCCCCCCUGGAAGCUGCAGCCCCAGUCUGUCCCCCAGCUCUGCCCAAAGCAGUCCAGCCACACAAUCGCCAUAGUAACGGCCCACCUUUUAAAAAAAAUAAAAAAUGUCCUCACAAUGCUCUGUCUCCUCCCUCGGUGUUCUGAAGAGGAGGAGCGAGGGAGGGGGGCCUGGACUCUGACUGCUGAGCACAGGAGACUGGCAGAGCCAUCCUCCUCCUCUCCUAGGACACAAAACCCCUUCACCUCCUGACCUGCUUUCCCUCACUCUGGAGCACCGUCUUGACUCGAGGGGAGGUAAGGCCGGGCCAGGGCAGGCCGGGGCGUCAGGAUGCCUCUUGAGAGACCACACCGUAAACACUGCUGAUGACUCCUCCAUCUCCCUCCACUCUCCUCUCCAUCGCUGCUCCUCCCCUCUCCACCUCUUUCCAAAAGACUGAUGACAUGGAAUCUGGAUGCAGUGGAGACCAGUGUUGAAUGGAACUGAGACUGGGUGGGACAUCAUGGGACAAAUAUAUGGACAAGGACAAUGCAUACAGACUGAUUUGACGAACACCAGACACUUUUUUUGUUGUUGUAUCCUGAGGCAGACUGCGAGCUCGGGACUUGUCAAAAGACCCCCCCCCCCUCCUCAAAGACUUUGGGUCCUUUUUUUUUCUCUUUUUCCAACUUCAAAAAAAACAGAUUUCAUACAAAAGAUAUAUAAAUAUAUAUAGAAAAGAUAAGGAACUAUUGUGUUUGACAUGUCCAGAAGAGAAUGAAUGGCAGAUUGAAAUGAGGACAUGUCUUCUGAGAUUAGAAACUGUUGUACUGCUUCACUGUUUGAAUCUUUUCAUACCCUUCAUGAGUAUUGAGAGAGAUGUUUCCGUUUUAUCACAUUUGUACAACAAUUCUAAUUAACAAAAAGCAAAAAGAUGAUGAAAUGUCUCUCCAUUCUACACAUACAGUACAAACACACACACACACACAAACAUACACAAACGUGCACAGAAAACAAGUCUCAAUGAAUAUCACCUACUAUUCCAGGUUGGAUUUGUUUUCCUUUUUUCUUUUUCUUUUUUUUCGCUUCCAAGAGAAUGGAUAAAAAUGAUUGUAUGAACUCGGUUGUAUGAUAUGGUCACAGGUCCUUUCAAGAAAUCAAAUUAAUGAAGAUUCAUUAUUAAGGUGUAUUUUAAGUAGCCUUUGAGUUUGUGUAUAUAAGCUGUAUUCAUUUCUUUAAAACUAUGAAGAGUUUUAGGCUUCACCUGAUUUUUUUUUUUUUUUUUAAGAAUACCUUUAUGUGUUUUUUUUUUGUUUAUAGGUUUGUGAUUCAAGAAAAGACAUUUUGAGCACAUUUUACUGAAGGAAGUUCUUUCGUGUUUUGUGUCCUACUAAAUACUGGACAGACCCUUAACCAAUCACUGGCUGUUCAGAAUGUGGCUUUCACAAACAAUUUCAACCUUUGCCCCCUUCCCCCUCACUUUUAAAUCAUGUUUUUACGUACAGUAGAUAACAGAGUAGCACUCCACUCGGGGCAAAGCUUUUUUUUGUUUUUCUUUUCGGCCAUGUAGCAGAAAGAGAUGGUGUUUCAUGAAAAUGGUGGCCACAUGCAGCCAGCCAGAUUCACGUGAGCUACAGCAGCCCAGCUUCAAACGAGAGUUAAAUGUGAAGAAUGGUGUACAUACACACUGUAUUAAACACAAGUGAUUCUCCGUAGUCUCUGAAUGGAUCGAUAAUCUGUAGUGGUUGGGAAAAGACUAGAUAGUAGUGGUCCCUCUACGCUGUCAGUGGUCAGGCAAGUGAAGGUCCCAAAUGUGAUGUUUGUCAACCAAGUCCUCACAAAUCUCCCUGUGGUAGAAACCAAUAUGUGACUUUUUUGCCGGAUCCAGAGCAACCUCGCACCCUGUGACUCACUUUUUACGCCAAAACGCCUUCACCGUCAACACACGUCAUCGAGACCAUCAUUACUGUACACACGCCAAUGUCUCAGGAAGGAAUCAUUUUUUGUGCUUGGCCUGUUCUUUGUAUAUGUUCUGUACUGCACCCCGUGACCCUUCAAUCACAGACGCACACACACACACACACACACACACACACACACACUUCUGCUACUGAGCCCCUGGAUUUUACUUCAAUCACUCACUUUCGUUAGGCCUGGCAGAGCAGGACUUGCGCAGAGAGACUCUGACCACGCAACGUUACGACAUAGGAUGCCAGUGUGGAGUCUCUCCUCAUGUGUUACUUUAAUUUGUACGGUCAAAGCUGCUUUCAUCAUUUAGGACUUAACAUGUCCAGAACGGCGCACAACGUUUUCCCUCCACAGCUAAUCUGGAAUAGCAACAGACACACCGUCAGUUUGAGAAGUAUGGAAUAUGUUGCAAUUUUGUCAAGAUUAUCAAGCGACUUUGAAAAAAAAAAACCAACAAAAAAAAGAUAAAAAAAAUAAAUAAAAUGAACAUUUAAUAAUUA